AUGCUCGUCUGCGUGCGUGAGUUCGACAAGUCCGAGUUGUCGGCGCGGUAUGGCAAGCUGCUUACCACACAGCAUUUCGAGCGUUACUACACCCUAUACCGGACGGAGAACAGCAUCACCAUCGUGGAUGUCGUGGACAACCGCGCGCGUAAAACGGUCAACUACGAUGUGUUCACUAGCUCCUCAACGCAGUUGUACGACCAGGUCGUCGAGCCUCUCCUCGCGACAGUGCUGACACCCAACCGUGCGUCACAGGCAGUUGUGGUGGUUGAUGGUCAGUCCGGCAACCGCCGCCACACGCUACUAGAUCCGGUAGAGGGCAUUCUGACCCGCACCGCACGCGCCGCUGUCGCGCAUCCGGGCGUCACCUCUGUCUCUGUGAGCGCUGUCACGCUGGAGGACAACAACACCCUGACCGACAUCAUGCCAGACCGGAACGCCGAUGCUGCACAUGAGCAGCCAACAAUACUUGAAGACACGUGUGAGCAGUUCACAUCGGUCGAGGACGCGCACUACGUUGUGCUGGACUCGGAAGCCACCUGGGACGGCGUUCUGCACCGCAUGACCGCUGCCUUUGCCGAGCUCAAGCAUCAAGUCAUCAGUUUCAUUUUUGCGUUUCAUGAGUCGACCGGCUUUCCGAACACAACCAUGCAGUUCGUGUCCUUCACGGUGAACGAGGUCGCGCGUGGCAUGAAGUCGUCGCGGCACGCCGUCUCCUCCGCGGCGGCCUUGGUGGAGUGUCGCUCACCGACACUCACCUUCGCGGCAACCAAGCUGCUCUACCUUUUGAAGCCGAUGCUCCUAGGUCAGCAGCCGGGGGCGUGGGUGGCAUCUUUUUCACCUGUCAGCCUGCUGGAGGCGGCAGAGCACGAGACGUUCCAGGAGGCUUUCGCCGUGGCGCAGACGGCUGCGCGUCUGUACAGUUCCCGGAUCGCUGUUUUGAACGGAUCUCUUCUUCCUGCAAGUGGCGACCGCGCUGCACCGACGGCGGGUGUGGGCCUCGACAUUGAGCGCGCCGGCGAAGCUGCGCCGCUGCCACCUGUGGAGGAUUUUGCGGCCGACAUGACUGGUACGGCGUGCAGGUCAAGGCCCAGGGAAACGUCACAGCCUUUUUUCAGGACUGCGUCUCGCGGCGCCUCGGCUAAUCCUCAGCACGGUGAUCCCGGUCACAGCGCCGCCUUUCAUCACGACCUCGUGGACACGCCUGCCGCUACGCAGGAUCGAAUGACUGAGAGUGCCUCCGGCCUCGGUUUCGCAUCUCCGGCGGCGCCUUCUUCAGAUGACUCGCGAGACGCUGGGGAGACCUGUGCAGCGCAGACAGAACCGGACGUGUACGCGGCACCGGCGCCUGCCGAGCCAAUCCAACGUGGCGCUUCGGAAGAACGCUCGGCCGCGCGAUACGAGCUUGACACGUAUCGGGUGGUGAUGGAGCGGGCUAUGGGCAAGCUACGUGCCGAGAUGCGCGAGUAUGCGGGGGCGUUGCGCGACACGAGGGAGGACGUACGACUCCAGAAGAAAAAGAGUCGUGAGCUGCAGUCGGAGCUGGACGCGAUGCGGUCAUCCUAUGAUAUUGCUGUCAGCGAGAACGAUAGGCUGCGCGAGGAGCUGCGUGCCCGACAGGGCGCCUCUGAGAGCACGCUACUUGCGGCGCUACAGAGCGGUGCUUCCGCCCCAGCAGCACAAAUGUCGCGACAGGAGCCGAAAGAGAAACUGGCGACGGUGAGUCAACAACGAGGCGACCACGUGGCGCGCGUUUUGAGAAGCGAUUUGGCAGUCCUCGAGGCACGCGUAGAGGAGCUGACGGAGCUCGUGGCGUUCCAUCAACGCGAGAUUCAGGCCCACGUGGCGAACGAGCACAGGUACCGGCAGCGAAUUCUCGACCUUGAGGCGGAGUUACGCGAGAGGGAGCGAGAGGCCAUUGCCGACAAGGCGGCUGUGAAGGAGGCGCGGCGUGCGGCAGACGUCGCACGAGCAGCGGCCGAGGCACCACCGGCGUUGGCCCGCGCCGCCCGCCCGAGCAGCGCGACCGAACAGGAGGACCUGCGUUUUGUGGAGGAGCGCGCCACGGAGGCAGAGUAUCGCCUGCGUGAGGCACUGGAUGCGUUGCAGAGCGAGCGCACUCAGCGGCUGCGACUCGAGCACCUCAUGAAGUGUCGAGAAGAGGAGGAGGUGUCGCAUGCGGCACCGCGCCACAAUGAUGACCUUCUGCGGAGCAUGCAGCGCACAUACGAGAUGCAGCUGCGCGAGCUGAAGUCGGAGAUGUCCGACUUCCGAGGAGAGCUUGUGCGGCACCUGACAAAGCCGUCCGUGCCGCAGAACCUCGGUGAUGCCUCCAGCUACGCCGCCACACCAGUGGGCUGUCAAGCCCGUGAUGACCCUGCCGUUGUUAACCUGCAGAGAUCGACGCCACCGCGCAUGUCUCCCAUCCCGGACACCGCUUCGACGCACUUCUUGCAUGCUGGCGACGACGUCUCUGCGCACAGUCACAGAGGCGGUAACGCGGCUCCUUCGCCAUUUCAGCCGCUCCGCCAGCGGAGCGCGCAAUCCUUUGAGGAGUAUAUGCAGGAGGAGCCGCGGUAUAAACUGCACGGCGCCCCUUUUCUGCGCCGGCGUCCACGUACCCCUGCUGCGUAG